UGCUUCUCGCAUAUACGGACGUAUGUACAUAUACACAUACGUACCCUUCCCCUCUCGGUAAACUUAGACGGUUAAAAGGCUCCGGCACACACGUACACAUACGGGAGCCACAGACUUUUUAUUAGUAAACAUAGCACAGAUAUAUGUCUAUCCCGCAAAGAGACUGCCUAGAAACAGCGAGCGGCGGCGCUCUGGCUCAGUAACAAAUUGCCUAAAGCAAGUGAAACAUGGAUGCAUACGAGGAGCAACGGAAACGUGAUUGGGAGGAGCUGGAGGUGACAAAAGAUGAAUUGAAAGCGCUGACGGAUUGCAUGAAGAAGGAAGAGUUCCGACAACUGUUACGCGAGUACGCCGACGAGGUGACCGACCCGGAGAAUCGAGCACGUUACGAAGCCGAAAUCACGCAGUUAGAACGCGAGCGAGGCAUUCAAGUGACAUUCGUCAAACCUCAACCCGGCUAUGUGCUGAAAACGAGCCUCGAUGGUAGAAGCAAAUGUUUCAUCAAUGUAACCAAGAACGAGUGCGUCGACAAACCGAGUCAUCAACCGGCUGCCGUAGAUAAUGGACUCAGCUGGUCUAUUCCUCAUGUACUGUCGCCACCAAGGGACGACCUCGAUAAGAAACACGUUCGCUGUCGUGUUUUCGACGUUGUCUUUCAUCCUGAUACUCUUCACCUUGCCGAAAGAAACUCCAGGUUUCGGAAAAUUGUCAAUGAUACCGCGAUGGACGGUGUGGAGAAGAACUUCAAGGUCAAACUAGAUCGUAAAAAUGUGAAAUUUCCCAAAAUGAAUUAUAAAGGAGUAAGUCUACCCACAGUUCUCAGAAAACCUUGUGAAAAGCCAGCUGAAAAAUUAGACAUAGAGCCAGACAUAUAUCAAAAACUUAUAUCUAGCUAUGAUGCUGAAAGAGAAAAAAGGUUGAAGCUUACUGAGAAAAAACCAGCAAAAGCUCCACCAACUACAAAAUAUUUUCAUACAAGAGACAUUAAGACUGAAAAUGAAUCACAAUAUACAAUACCAACCUUUUUUAUAAAACAUCAAAGUAAUAUUGAUAUGGAUGAGUUUAUGGAAACUAAGGAUGCCAAAAUGCAUGUGGCAACUCCUAAAAAUUUGGUUAUCAUUAUCAAUCUUCCAUUGUUGAAAUCUGCUGCAGAUGCUACAUUAGAUGUUCAAGAUCGUCACUUGUCAUUAAAGAGUGAAAGGCCAGCUAAGUAUCAUUUAGAAUUACCUUUAUCGUAUAAAGUUGAUCCUGACAAAGGUAAUGCCAAAUUUGAUUCUAAGCUGAAAAAGUUAACUGUAACAUUACCUGUGAUUCGAGAUGUAUCAGUUUUGGCUGAUACAAAAGAAGAUAGCGGUGUUGAAAGUGAUCAUGGUAGUCCUGUGCCAGAAUCAAAAAUGAAUGGCAACCAUGAAGAAAGUGAAGAUUCAAGUGAUUCCAUAAAGUUACCAGAUAGUUCAAUUGAUAAAUCUAAUGGUGAUAAGGUAGAUAUUGAUUGUGAUGAUGCAGCAUUAAGGACUAGUGAAAGUGGUGAAUUAUCAGAGAAUUUCAUGAAUCCCUAUUUAAAGUAUUCUCUUCCAGCAUUUACAUGCAAUCUAUAUGAUGAUGUAUUAGCAAUCACAAUACAUAUAAAAAAUGUUGAUGCAGAGUCUAUACAGCAUACCACAUUAGAAAAUGAUGCUGGUCUUCAUAUCUUACUCACAUCUAUUGGAGCUGGAUUUUUCCCUGUUUACUAUUCACUGUGUUUGAAAGUAGAUAAUAAUGAAAUUAUUCCUGACACCUUGACCACAGAGCCAUGGGACAAUAAUGUUGUGAUAUCUGUUAAAAUCAAGAAUCCAAAGUAUCUGUCACGUUACUUUGCUGGUAUAGAUGAAAAAAAUAUGGAAGCCAAAGAGCUUUUUAUUGCUGCAUCUAUAAAAAAUAAAUUGCAAGCACUUGUGGAAGAUCCAGAGUUAGAAACCGACAAAAAUGUUGAAGUGAUUAGAAAAGGAACAGAGGUGAUUGUAAGUGUAGGUUCUCAAAGUUUGGAUUCGGAUGAUGAAGAUGAGCAUCACGAAGACGAAAGUGAAUUACAAUCUCAAGAAGAAGAGAGAAAAAAGCAAUUUAUCCAAUCUAGAUCUGUUUCUGAAAGUAGUGGAGAUGAACUUCCAAGCAGUAUUGGUAGUAAUAGUAGCACAAGACACAAGAGUAUCUUGAAGUCACGCUUUUCACGUUCUAUUUCAGAAUCAAGUAUUGAUGAUAGCACUGCCGCAUUAUCGAUGGUCACUUUUAAUGAUUUCAUUCAUGAAUUCAAUUCUGAAUCCGAGGGUUCUAGCUUGAAGAAAACUGUCAGAUUUAAUGAUGUAGUUUCUCGUCAACUUUACAGGUCGAACUCAAGUAUUUUGGGCCAGCGCAAGAAAAAUCAACGAAAGCUCCGUAAUAAGAAACGUGCACACGAGCGUCGUAUGAGUGAGAGCGAAAACUCCGAGGGAGAAGAAAAGUAUAAAUUGGAGGUAAAAGCUCAGCUGGAACAAAAUACACCGGAUGUACGACCAAUUCUUCAUCAAACCAAUAAACGUACAGAGAAGCAAAAAACUGCCAAUAUGGAAAUCGAACGUUCGCCACGUAGCGCAAACAAACGUAAACAAAAGCGCAACAGCGAAAACACUGUUGUGACUAAAGACAUGGAGAAUGCGAAGACUGAUAAUCACUCUGAUAUCGAGUCAGAGGCUGAAUGUAAAAGUGAUCUAUUAUUCGAGCUCGACAUGUAAGAAAUAAUGCAAAAUUUAUUGCACAAGUGUCGACGAAAAUAAUUAUUAAUGAUAGCCCAGCGUGUGAUAACCUUAUUAGUUUUAUUAAAAUUUAGCGGGAAAGAUUUUGAUGCCUUGGUAUAAAGAGAAAGAAAGAAUUAUGAUAAAAAAAUCUUUUUUUACUCAGGAUCGUAUAGUGUUAGAUUGUUCAAAUAAAAAACAAUGAUAUUUAGUAAUCGAGUUAACUGCAGGAUUAGAAUUGCUGGAUCAAUGUCAGAUUUAUCACGUACCGUAAUGCAUAAUCGUUUUAUCAAAUAGAUUUCUAGUUAGAAAUGUGUAAGAUAACGUCAAACUUUAGAAACGUACCUAAAAAAGUAGCGUUGAUAUAUAUGCAGUCAUAAAAAGGAAAAGAACAAAAAAAUUAAUAAAUAAAACGUAAAAUAGUUAUUUUAUGAGUUUACAUGUAAGACAUAAUUUAUAUAGAUCGUUACAUUCGCGCACUUUUAUUGAAUUCAAAAUUCAAAUUGCGAUCGGUGAUUGAUAAUUGUAAGAGCAAAGUAUGAAUUGUACAAAUAUUAGUUUACUUCUUGAAAAUUUUAACAAGCGAGAAUAGCAUAGUUUUUUCUAAUGCAUAUGUAGAAAUUGAUUCUUUCUUCGAGAGAAAACACAUCAAAUUUCGAAUGUAUAUGAAAAAGUAAAUAAGAAAGCGAAAAAACAUCACUUUAUGGUUAUAAUAACGCGCACCGUUAGAUAUUAAAUUGCACCAUUGAUUACUUUACCGAGUUUGCUUCGUAUUUCUAUUAAAAAAUAUGACACGUACGUACAAACAUGUCAGCCAUCCAGCGUUACUAUGCAAGUAGCACACAUGAACACAAAUUGUAAGUGAAUUUCUUUUUAUCAUUGUGCUAGAAAGAAAGUGCAACUGUUACCUACAUGAAUAGCGAAUAUAAACUGUUGGAAUUUAGAUUUUUAAAACAAUGCUUUUAUUGCUACAAAAACAGCAUGUGAAAUUUAUUUAAAUAUUAAGACUUAUGCUAAACGUUCUUUUACAUAAUAGAAUCUGUGAUAAUACAUUUAAUUGUAUGUACAAGUCUGGUCAACAAAUGUAUAAUGAGAUUUUUUUAUACACUUCCUAUUUGGUAAACAUAAAUAAACAAAUCAUCAUUUUCCUUCUAAAAGUUACUGAUGAUUUAAGAAAAUAUUUAGCUAUUUCAAGUUGCAAUAAUUUAUUUUUGCAUACUAUAUUUUAUAAAAUUCAUAAGAUUACGAAUUUUUUUGUCAUUAAUCAUGAUUAAAAAGAUUUAUUUUACAAGAGCAGUAGUAUUUCAUAUUCUAGCACAACGAUAUUAAAUAACCAAUAUUCUACAAAAAUCAGCAAAAAGUGUUAUAAAUGCUAGGCAUGGAUUAUGUCAAAGGUGAUAAAACAGUUUUUGAAUAAAAUAUAGUGAUUGUAA